AUCUCACAGGAUCUCAGCAGGGCAACUGUUAACUCUGGGUGGUUAUUCUUCCUUGAGAUCACUCUGAUGUCACAAGUGUAAUUUGAGCUGGGAGCUUUGUUCACACUUUAAAUAGCAGUCCCAGAAUGAUCCUGCCACUGACUCUCUGCAGCGCCUGGGAGCUGAGUUCCUGAAGAUCUCACAACAUCGAUGAAAGCAAAGCGAAGCCACCAAGCCAUCACCAUGUCCACGUCGCUGCGAGUGAGCCCAUCCAUCCACGGCUACCACUUCGACACAGCCUCUCGGAAGAAAGCCGUGGGCAAUAUCUUUGAAAACAUAGACCAAGAAUCAUUACAGAGGCUCUUCAAAAACUCUGGAGACAAGAAAGCUGAGGAGAGAGCAAAGAUCAUAUUUGCUAUAGACCAAGAUUUGGAGGAGAAAACCCGAGCCCUGAUGGCCUUGAAGAAGAGGACGAAAGACAAACUUCUUCAGUUUCUGAAGCUGCGGAAAUAUUCCCUCAAGGUCCACUGAGUGGGACAGAAUGGAUAAGGAUCUUAUCCACCACUGGACGUUUCUAGAAUAAGUGAGUUUGCAAGACCUGAACCAGGGCAGCAUCUUGCUGCUGUCUUGCAAGUUUCUCCAUCCAGACUCAGAGGUUGGAAAGGAACACAGCAGAGUGCCUUCACACUCCAACCAAUUUCAUGGCUGGUGCUGUUGCUCAGAGGAGGAAAUGCUUCAGCAAGCACUGAAAACUUUCUUUUCAGUGCAGGAAAAAACUGUCACUGGUAGAAGAGUCUGGACAGGUGCAGCGAGAACAGGACACAGCAGAUGGCUGGAAAGACAGCAGGCACCAGAGUCACUUGCUGGGCCAAAGGACUUGACUUAAAUUUCCACGGAUCUCACUCCUCCAUUCUCUCUUCCCUCUCUCUUUCGCCUCUCUCCCCUCUUUCUCUCACUCUCUAUCAAACUGGGCAGAGAGAGGGAGGAUAGACAGAGAAUACCUAGCACAUAUUGUUUACUGAAAUUUUUUAUCCAAAUUUUCAAAAUGUUGUCAAGCUGUUAAUGUUGUUUGUUGGCAUUGACUCUUAGAAAUCAGUAAUUAUUUAUUUGCAUUUAUGACAGUGCUUGAGAAAACGGACUGCACAGUGUAAAGUACAUGUUAAAGGAGUUGUGAUGUCUUUUGCAGCUCGGUAAAACCUAUGCCACCUUCUGGCCUGUUUGUAAAGGGCUUUUAUACAUUUCAAACUUGCACAAAAGUUAAAAUAUAAUGGGGUCAUUCAUAAAUCCAAAGUACUGUGAACAUUUUUGUAAUUAUUUUUUAUCAUCUGACUAAUGCUAAAAUAUAACCUAGUUAAAUUUGUUAGUUUCUUCAAUAAGCAUUAGGAAAUGAAUAUGAUAUAUUACUUUAUAAAGAUGCUAUGGUUUCUAUAAUUUAUUAUACAUGGCUAGUGAUAUGCAAUUCUAAUAAAUUAUUAUAAGAUUAGCUGCUACUGGUCUGUAAUGUUUGGGCUCAGAGGAAAAAGUAAGAUGGUAACUUUUGGUUAUUAUAAACUUUUCUGCAGGUUCAACUCUAAAAAUAAAUGGUGCUUUUGGAGUA